AUGUCGGGACUGGCCAGGCCUCUGGAGCAGGCGGUGGCUGCUCUCGUGUGCACCUUCCAGGAAUAUUCAGGGCACCGCGGAGACAAGUACAAGCUCUGCCAGGCGGAGCUCAAGGAGCUGCCAGAGAAGGAGCUGCCCACCUGGAGCCCGACGGAGCUUCGAGAGUGUGACUACAAUGCGACCAUGGGGGUCCUGGACACCGACAACGAUUGCGAGGUGGACUUUGUGGAGUACGUGCGCUCGCUCGCCUGCAUCUGCACCUGCUGCCACGAGGACUUCAAGGACUGCCCCCCGGAGCCCCCCUGCUCCCAGUAGUGGGCAGGGCUGCUGUCCAAGGGCAGGGGUCCGGACCUGCUCCAUCUCUGCCCUGAGGUCAUCCCGGGCAUGUCAGCUCUGCCCCCUCCCCGCCUUGUCCCUUCCAUCUAGCACCUCCCAGGUUUGCCCCUGGUACGUUAACCCCUUUCACCCGUGUGUCCAGGAUACGUGAGGGGACCUUCCCCAGGAUCACAGCUGCACAGCAGCCAGCCGCUGCCUCCCCACUGUGGCCUGUGACGG